GCUUGCCACCGCAUUCACACAGAGCUUGCCAAUGGCUCUCUUCAUCACCCUGGGGAUUUGCCUUUCUUGUUUGGUUCUUCUUGCUCUGUGGAAUCAGCGCCAUGCCAAAGGGAAGCUCCCACCUGGCCCCACUCCUCUCCCAAUUAUUGGAAAUAUUUUACAAGUAGAUAUUAAGAACAUCUCCAAUUCCAUGAACAUGCUAGCAAAAGUCUACGGACCCGUGUUCACUGUGUAUUUAGGAAUGAAACCCACUGUGGUGCUACAUGGAUACGAAGCACUAAAAGAAGCUCUGAUUGACAGGGGAGAGGAGUUUACUGGCAAAAAGCCUUUGUCAUUAAUCAAUAAAAUCAACCAAGGUUUAGGAAUUGUUUUCAGUAAUGGAGAAAUGUGGAAGCAAACACGGCGUUUCUCCCUCUCAGUUUUACGGACUAUGGGGUUUGGGAAGAAAACUAUUGAAGACAGAAUUCAGGAGGAAGCCCUUUGUCUGGUAGAAGCACUGAAAAAAACCAAUGGCUCUCCCUGCGAUCCAAGCUUCCUUCUUUCCUGUGUUCCUUGCAACGUGAUCUGCUCCUUCAUUUUUCACCAUCGUUUUGACUACAAUGAUAAGACGUUCCAAUCCUUGAUUAAGAGGUCUCAUGAAAAUCUUGAGGUUUUAACUGCUCCUUGGACCCUGGUGUGCAAUGCCUUCCCUGUUUUACAUUAUAUCUCAGCAAGUCAUAGAAGAUUCUUUAAAAAUUCGAAUAUCCAAAAACAGUUUAUUUUAGAAGAAAUAAAAGAGCAUCAAAAAUCUCUGGACCCCAAUAACCCUCGGGAUUUUAUUGACUAUUUCCUGAUUAAAAUGGAAAAGGAAAAACAUAAUAAGCAAUCUGAAUUUACCAUGGAAAAUAUGAUCACCACCACAUCAGAUAUUUUUGGCGCAGGAACAGAGACAACAAGUACCACAAUGAAAUAUGGACUUUUGCUCCUGAUGAAGCAUCCAGAGGUCCUAGCUAAAGUCCAGGAAGAGAUUGCACGUGUGAUUGGCAGACACCGGAGCCCCUGCAUGCAGGACAAGAACAACAUGCCCUACACGGAUGCUGUGAUGCAUGAGAUCCAGAGAUUCAUUAAUCUUGCCCCCAUUCCCAUACCUCGUGAAACAACUCAGGACGUUCAGUUCAGAGGAUACCACAUUCCAAAGGGCACAAGUGUAAUGACAUCUCUGACUUCUGUCCUGUUUGAUGACAAAGAGUUUCCGCACCCAGAGAAGUUUGACCCCGGCCACUUUCUGGAUGAGAAGGGCAACUUCAGGAAGAGUGACUACUUCAUGCCUUUCUCAACAGGAAAAAGAGCUUGUAUGGGAGAAGGUUUGGCCCGCAUGGAGCUAUUUAUAAUCAUGACUACCGUUUUACAGCAUUUUACCUUGAAACCACUGGUUGAUCCAAAAGAUCUUGAUAUCAGUCCAGUUCACACGGGGGUAGGCUCAUUGCCCCGCUCCUAUCAGCUCUGUUUCCUUCCAGUCUGAAACUGGGUAGGCUUUCAGAUGGAUGGAUGGGACUCUGCUCUGGAGUGUGAGCAAACAGCAUGUCCUGUUCUAUCUACAGACCUCCAUUCUUCACCCUUCCUUAAUAGCAGGAAUACUAUCUCUGAACUAUCCUGUAGUUUUCUCAAUCCUUUAAGACCCAGUUCAAAUUUCUCCAUGUGAGGAAAGGAACUCACUUUUGCUGUAAUGUAUGGAAGAUCAUUAGUUACAUUUUCAUUUUCAUGUAUCCCAAAUGGAAAGUACAUUAUAAAUUUCUUGUUUUAUUUCAGUAAUGGCUAACAACCAGAAUGCAUUCUGUGAUUUUCAUUUUUAAAAAUCCUAUAAUUAAAUAUGAAAUUUAAUCAUCAUUCAUUCCUGUGUAAUUUCUUGAUUCUUGAUUCAGUCAUGUAUACUUUUUAUCUUUUGCCCAUAGUUUAUUAAAUAUUCUUCUAUGUACAUUUCCACAUAAGUGAUGUACAUGGUUAUGCAUGUGUGCACAGAUGUGUAAUGUGCGUGCACACAGGGCAAUAACAAAGGGAGCAACAUGAGGUAUAACUUCAAUUUGCCAGUUUGUUCAAAGAUACCCUUCCUUUUUAUCUUCAGUGCUAAACUCUCUCUCUCUCUCUUUCUCUCGCUCUCUCUCUCACAUACAAACACACAUAUACACACCCCACAUCUGAUUCCAAUAUAAGCACAUCUACAACACAGAGGUAUGUUCACAUGUAUGUUUACAGGAUAACUAUGAUUUUGAAGUGCUGUUUAUAUAAUAACAUAUUACAGAAUUUUAAUAAAUAUAUAAUCAUAAUUCAUAAUA